GACGCGGCCGCGGCGGCCGCGAGGGCGCUGCUGCGCGCCGCCGCGGGCGCGGGCGCCUGCGCGGCCGCCGGCCUCGGGUGCCCGCGACCGUGGGCGCCCGGGGAGCGCGGCGCCGCGCGCUGCGAGGAGGCCCUCCUCGGCGCCCCGGAGGGCGCCGAGGAGCCCACCGCCGGCCCGGCGCCCUCGGAGGGCGCGGAACUGCUGGUGGGCGGCUUCCCCUUCCAGAGGCAGCGCGUCCUCCGGGCGGAGGACGGGGGCGAGCAGCGGCUGGAGGUGGCGGGGACCGCCGUGCUGCGCAUGGCCCGCAUCACCCUCGCGCAGGCCGCGCUCUACCUGCCGCCGCUGCGCGGCUCCAACGAGGAGGGCCUGGACGCCCGGGUGACGAAGUCCCUGGAGCUGCGCUACGCGCAGGCGGUGCCGGCGGACGCGUUCCGGUACCUCACCUCCCACUACGUCUCCGCGAACGGCCUGCUCAGCCCGGCCGUGGAGCCCUUCGUCGAGGCCUUCAACGCCUUCUACGUGGGCAUGUCGCCGGGCCACAGGUACCGGCUUGACUAUUGCGGGAGGGCCGGGACCUUGACGCUGCAGGCUUGGCGCGGAGACGCCCAGGCGGAGGCGCCCGGUGGCAGCGGCUGGGUGCGGCUGGGCCGGCUGCACUGCGGCGCGCGGGCCGCGGAGGCCAUCCUGUCCGUCUGGUUCGGGCCCGUGCCGUUCUCCCCCGGCAUGAAGGCGGACCUGCUGCGGGGCCGCCCCGCCGCGGGGUAGCCCAGAGCGCCCCGUGUCCGCGGGGUCGCGGCCUCAGCAGGCGCGGGCCUCAAUUAUCUAUAGCUGUAGGGCACUGUAGGGCCGUCGCCCUCGCGACCUGGCGGGCCCGCGCGUCGGUGGACGCAGAGCGGUGCCGCGAUUUUCGAGCGCUCGUGCGCGAGCUGGCCGCAUGGCCAGGCGAGGCAAGAGUGACGAGCGCCAGCGCCAGCAGGCGAGACACAGCAGGCCUGCCGAAGAGGCCGCCCGGCGAUGGGGGCUCGGGCGCCGACGCCGAGCCCGCCGAGGACGAAGUCGCAGGCGAAGGGGCUCGGGCGCCUGAGCCCCCGACUCCUGCCCCCUCCCUCCACCUCCCCCCCUCCCCUCGACCUCCCUCCGCCCCACCCCCCCCUCGACCUCCCCCUCCCCUCCUCGACCUCCCCCUCUCCCUCGCCUGGAGGCGAGCGCCGGCUCGGCGUCUUCCCAUGCUGCCCGCUGCCCGCCGCAGGCAGCCCCGUUUUCCGUGCGCUGCCCGUCAUGCGGCGGUCCCCGCUCGGGGGCGGCCCGAAACGCAGCGGGACGAGGCGAGAUCCAGCCCCAGCCCUCGA